CACUAUUGAGCGCCGAUUAGCUAUUGCUAUGGCUGUGGGCGUGACUUCAAACAAGGAGGUCCGAUAGGCUAGUCGGGCGAGGGAAAUUCAAACUGGUUAUAGAAGAAACUUGAACCGCCGCCAAAAGGGACUAAAGUGACAGAGACAGGGAGCGGUGUCGGUACCGAUUUCUCCACUAAUCGGUCUCAAAAUGUCCGAGGGAGAUGCAGUUAAAGUGUGUGUGAGGGUUCGGCCGCUUAUACAGAGAGAACAAGGGGAUCAAGCCAACCUGCAAUGGAAGGCUGGAAACAACACCAUUUCCCAAGUUGAUGGGACAAAGUCUUUCAAUUUCGAUCGUGUAUUUAAUUCUCACGAAUCAACAAGUCAAGUUUACCAAGAAAUAGCAGUACCUAUCAUACGAUCAGCUUUGCAGGGAUAUAAUGGCACAAUAUUUGCAUACGGACAGACAUCUUCAGGCAAGACGUACACAAUGAUGGGAACACCAAAUUCAUUGGGCAUAAUACCGCAAGCCAUACAGGAAGUUUUUAAAAUUAUUCAGGAGAUACCGAACAGAGAGUUUCUUCUAAGAGUUUCUUAUAUGGAGAUUUACAAUGAAACUGUGAAAGACCUACUGUGUGAUGACAGAAGAAAGAAGCCCUUGGAAAUUCGCGAGGAUUUUAAUAGAAACGUGUAUGUUGCUGACCUGACUGAAGAACUUGUAAUGGUUCCUGAACAUGUAAUACAGUGGAUCAAAAAGGGUGAAAAAAACAGACAUUAUGGAGAGACUAAAAUGAAUGAUCAUAGUAGUCGUUCACAUACAAUAUUUAGAAUGAUUGUUGAAAGCCGAGACAGAAAUGAUCCCACAAAUUCAGAGAACUGUGAUGGAGCUGUCAUGGUAUCCCACUUGAAUUUGGUAGAUCUUGCUGGCAGUGAAAGAGCAAGCCAAACUGGAGCUGAAGGUGUGAGACUUAAGGAAGGCUGCAACAUCAACCGCAGCUUGUUUAUCCUUGGACAGGUUAUUAAGAAGCUUAGCGAUGGCCAGGCUGGUGGAUUUAUAAACUACAGAGACAGCAAACUCACCAGAAUUCUCCAAAAUUCAUUGGGAGGAAAUGCAAAAACGGUUAUAAUUUGCACAAUUACGCCAGUUUCUUUUGAUGAGACUCUAAGUACACUUCAGUUUGCCAGUACUGCCAAACAUGUGAGAAAUACUCCCCAUGUUAAUGAGGUCCUGGAUGAUGAAGCUUUGCUAAAAAGGUACAGAAAGGAAAUCUUGGAUUUAAAGAAACAAUUAGAGAAUUUAGAGUCAUCGUCUGAAACAAAAGCUCAAGCAAUGGCUAAAGAAGAGCAUACACAGUUGCUGGCUGAAAUCAAACAACUACACAAAGAGAGAGAAGAUAGAAUAUGGCACUUGACAAAUAUUGUUGUUGCUUCAUCCCAAGAAUCUCAACAGGACCAAAGGGUCAAACGAAAACGAAGAGUUACGUGGGCACCAGGAAAAAUCCAAAAUAGUUUACAUGCUUCUGGUGUUUCUGACUUUGAUAUGCUAUCCAGAUUACCCGGCAAUUUUAGCAAGAAAGCAAAGUUCUCUGACAUGCCUUCAUUUCCAGAAAUUGAUGACUCUGUUUGUACAGAGUUUUCUGAUUUUGAUGACGCCCUCUCCAUGAUGGACAGCAAUGGAAUAGAUGCAGAAUGGAAUUUAGCCAGUAAAGUAACUCACAGAGAAAAGACAUCACUUCAUCAAUCAAUGAUAGACUUUGGACAGAUUUCUGACAGUGUUCAGUUUCAUGAUUCUUCUAAGGAAAACCAGCUACAAUACCUCGCCAAAGACUCUGGUGAUAUGGCUGAAUGCAGAAAAGCUUCUUUUGAAAAAGAGAUCACAAGCCUCCAGCAACAACUACAGUCAAAGGAGGAAGAAAAAAAGGAACUUGUACAAAGCUUCGAGCUCAAGAUAGCAGAACUGGAAGAGCAGCUUAGUGUCAAAGCUAAAAAUCUAGAGAUGGUUACAAACUCGAGAGAGCAUUCCAUUAAUGCUGAAGUCCAAACAGAUGUUGAAAAGGAAGUUGUGAGAAAAGAAAUGUCAGUCCUUGGAGACUCUGGUUACAAUGCAUCAAGCAGUGACCUACAGGAUAGUUCUGUUGAUGGAAAACGUCUAAGCAGCUCCCAUGAUGAGUGUAUCGAACACAGAAAAAUGCUGGAGCAAAAGAUAGCUGAUUUAGAAGAGUUUAUUGAAAACAUUGGCAAGAAAAGUGAGAAUGAUAAACAAAAAUCUAAUGAGCAAGAUUUUAUGGAGAGUAUUCAGCUAUGCGAAGCUUUAAUGGCAGAAAAGGCAAAUGCAUUUGAGGAACUGGCACUUAUGCGAGAUAAUUUUGACAGUGUUAUUCUAGAGAAUGAAACUCUAAAAAGGGAAAUUGCAGAUCUGGAACGUUCUCUCAAGGAGAAUCAAGAAACCAAUGAAUUUGAAAUACUGGAGAAGGAAACUCAAAAAGAACACGAGGCACAACUAAUCCAUGAGAUUGCCAAUUUAAAGAAAUUAAUUGAAAAUGCAGAGAUGUACAAUCAAAAUCUUGAGGAAGAUCUAGACGGUAAAACAAAACUUCUAAAAGAGCAGGAAAUUCAACUUGCAGAAUUAAGGAAACACACAGAUAACUUGCAGAAAAAAGUACGAAAUUUUGAUCUCUCUGUUUCCAUGGGUGAUAGCGAGAAACUCUGCGAAGAAGUCUUUCAACUGAAGCAUUCUCUUUCUGAUGCUGAAGCUGUGACUCGCGAUGCUCAGAAGGAAUGUGCUUUCCUCAGAAGUGAAAAUCUAGAGCUGAAGCAGAAAAUGGAGGACACGUCAGCCGGGUACAAUCAAAAGGAAAAGGUGGCGUCUUUGUUUGAGAAGCAGCUGGAGACUGAAAAAUCAAACUACAAGAAAAUGCAAGCUGAUUUGCAGAAAGAGUUGCAAAGUGCUUUUAAUGAGAUUAACUACUUAAAUGGCCUUCUGGCAGGAAAGGUCCCCAAAGAUUUGCUUUCUCGUGUGGAGUUGGAGAAAAAUGUUUCUGAGUGCUCAAAGCAGCUUGAGAAAGCCCUGGAAGAAAAAAAUGCUUUGGCAAAUGAAGUGACUUCCCUGAAAGAUCAGAUCAGCAAGGCUUCUGAAGAGAUAAUGUUAUUAAAGUGUGAAGGAGAACAUUCUACAUCGACUAUAAGCAAACAGGAGCUUGUCAUGCAGGAGCAAUCUCAGCUGAUUUUAAAAUUGACUGACGAAGUGACUCACGCACAGUCAAAAGUGCAGCAAGCUGAAGAGCAGUACUUGGAGAUGAAGAAAAUGCAUGAAGAGCUUUAUGAAAAUUAUAUCUGUAGAACUGAAGAAACUACCAAAAACAAAAAUGAAGCUGAAGAACUUUUAGGAGAAAUUGAGAACCUUAAAGGCACUAUGGAGUCUGUGGAAGUAGAGCUUGCUGAUGCCAAACGUGAACUUGAAGAAACUCUAAGAGAUAAGGAGCAACUGCUUCAAGAAAUGCAGACUGUAUUUGCGCCUCUUUCAGACUCCCUUCCUUCCUCAACAUUAGUUGAAGAGAAGUCUCAAGACCCCAUACAAAUCGAUGACUACCACAAGUUAAUAGCCCUUGCUAAAGAAAGCAACAGCAUUAUGGUGUGUUUAGAGACUGAGAGAAAUAGUCUGAAAGAAAAAGUUAAUGUUUUGACAGCUCAACUUCAAAGUCUUCAAGAACAAAGUAUUGCGAAGUCUGAUCUCCAAAAGGAAAAACAAGACUUGGAAGAAAGAGAGAGUAAAUUGAUUUCAGAGAUGGAAAAACUGCAGAAAGGCAUAACUGACUCUCCGUUAUCUAUACAAAAGUUGCAGCUGGAGAAUCUAGAUGUUACAGAAAAACUCCAAACACUUCAAGAAGAGAUUAAAAGCAUUACUAUAGAAAGGAAUGGCCUUCAGACCAACUUAGAAGACUUGAAAGCAGAGCGAGAAAGCCUAAAACAAGACCUUAGUGAAAACAUUGAACAGUCAAUUGAAACACAAGAUGAACUAAGGGCAGCCCAGGAAGAGUUGAGAGCACAGAAGCAAUUGGUUGAUAGCUUGAGACAACAGCUUGUAGAUUGUGUUGGAGACAUUUCAUCACCAAACCAUGAUGCAACUGCUGAACAGGAAAAGAUGUCCCUGUUUAAAGAAAAUUUGGAACAAAAUGAAAUCCUACGUGGUGAAAGAGAUGAACUUCAAACAUCUUGUAAGGCUUUAGUUUCAGAGCUGGAGCUACUUCGUGCACAUGUAAAAUCCGUAGAGGGAGAAAACCUUGAAGUCACACAAAAACUCCAUGCCCUUGAAAAGGAGAUAUUGGGCAAAUCUGAAGAAAGAGAAGCUUUGCAGUCCAUGUUGAAGAGUUUAAAGGAAGACAACAAUAAGCUCAAAGAACAAGCAGAGGAAUAUUGUAGCAAGAUCAAUGAGCUGACUGAAGAAUUACAACUAUUUUCCGAGAGAGACAUGGAAAAGGAAGGAUAUGUUGAGUUAAAGCAACUACAGGAGAAAAUGAUGGCCACUGUUCAGGAGAAGGAAGAGCUUCAAGAAAUAAUUGGCAGUUUAAGGGCAGAGAGAGAUGAGCUAAGGCUUAAUCUUCAAGAAAAUAUUGAAAUGUCAAUUGAAACACAGGAUGAACUGCGUAACGUUUUAGAUGAACUGAAGAAGAAAACACAGUUGUUGGAUGAAAUCAAAUCCCAGCAGGAGCUAAAGCAUGAUUCUGUCCAGUACUCCGCUGAGCUUGCAGAAGAGAGAGCUAAUACACAACUGCAAAAUCAGCUUGAUGAAAAGCUCAGGAAAAUUGAGGAGCAAGAAAAUCUACUUAAGAGCAUUUCUGAAAAUCUUCAAGAUACCAGUUCCAAAUAUGAAAAUGCUUUGGAGACUCUUGAGUUAGUGACCAUGGAAAAAGACCAGCUUCUUCUAGCUUUCGAUUCCCUAAAAUUAACCAGUGAGAUUCAAACAAGGGAACUUGAGUCCUACAAACAGGAAGCAUUCCCUUGUACAAAUGUACAGGAAUGUGAGCAAUCUGAUGCUCAGGAAGAAAAUGCAGCUAAAAAAGCUGAAGAACUUGAACACCAGCUUAGCAAAACACUUGACAUGCUGAAAGAAGAAGGAUCUAAAUAUGAAACUGCAAAGGAAACACUAGCUUUGGUCAAUGGAGAAAAAGAACAGAUUCUCUCAGAUUUGGAAUCCUUAAAAUUAGCCCAUGACUUGGUUGUCAAAGAAUUGGAGCUCUACAGACAGGAAGAUGAUGGCUCUGUUGCUCAACUGGAGAAAGAGACCGUCCGUAACAAUCGGCUUCAGUGUCAAGUGGAUAAAGAGCAAAAGAGAGUCCAGGAACUGGAAAAUCAGCUGAUUGAAAAUGCUAACAUUCUUCGUGAAGUUGAAACAAAAUAUGAGACCGCUAUGGAGAAUCUUGACUUACUACAAAGAGAAAAAGAUCAGUUGCUUUUGAGACUAGAUGCUUUGAAAGAAAAGAGUGCAACAACUGAAAAAGAAUUUGUGACUUACGAACAGGAAAAGAGGAAUGGCUUGGAAGAGGAGUUCAGUGGUUUACAGAAGCUGGUAGAUGAGAUAGAGAUCCUGAAAGCACAGUUAAAGGCUACAGAAGAAAGGCUGGAUAUAAAGGAUAGAGCUUACUUUGAACUUGUGCAGACUAGAAAUACCAAUAUAUCCGAGGAGAAUCUGGAAACCGCUGUACAAGCUGACAGUAGUGAGGGCAGCAAUGACCAGCAUUCAGUGGAGCAGGAUAGAAGUGAUCAGAGUUCUGUCUCAGAGAUGAAAGUUCUUGAAGAAAAACUUGAGAGAAAUCAGUAUUUAUUGGAAAGACUUCAAGAAGAAAAGCUGGAAAUGUCUAACAAACUUGAAAUCCUUCAGAAAGAGCUGGAGACCUCCGUUCUGUUAAAAGAUGACCUGCAACAAAGGCUAGAAUGCUUGCUGAAUGAAAAUAAUAUUCUAAAAGACAAUAUUGAGACCACCCUGAAGCACCAUUCAGAUACUCAAGAUCAAUUGCAGAAAACACAGCAAGAGUUAGAGCUACAGUUGGCUGAUAAUCUUGCAAGCAAUGCUUCUGCUAAUUCUCCAAUAACUCAAGAAAAGGAAACUUCUACAGACUGCGUGCAUCCUUUGGAAGAAAAAAUAUUGUUAUUAACUGAAGAAUUGCAGCAAAAGACUAGUGAACAGGAUAAACUACUACAUGAAAAGAAAGAACUUGAACAAGCUCAGGUUAAGCUAAAAUGUGAGGUGGAACAUCUGAUGAAGAGUUCAAUGGAAUCACAGUCCUCGCUUGAGUCCGUGCAGCAUGAGAAACAUGAUACCGAACAACAACUUCUUGCUCUUAAACAGCAGAUGCAAGUAGUUACUCAAGAAAUGGAAGAGCUGCAACAAACCCAUGAAAACUUAAUAGCUGAGAUGGACCAACUGAAAGGCAAUCUAAAAGAGAACAUUGAAUUGGGUUUGAAUUUUAAAGACGAAUUGCAGCAAAAGACCACUAAAGAGCAAUGUCUGCUAAAUGAGAAUCAGGAACUUGAGCAAAGCCAGCACAGACUUAAAUGUGAGAUUGAAGAGCUUACGAAAAGCUUAAAGGAUAAAGAGGCAGCAGUGGAGACUUUAAAGGAAUCCGAACAAAAAGUCAUUAAUCUGAGUCAAGAAAUGGAAACGGUUAUGCUGGAAAUGGAGGAGUUGAAAAAUAGCCAAAUGACUGUAAUAGCUGAGAGGGACCAGCUGCAAGAAGACCUAAGGGAGAAUGUUGAAAUGUCCAUUGAAACACAAGAUGAUCUAAGAAAGGCUCAAGAAGCAUUGCAGCAGCAGAAAGAUAAAGUUCAAGAGCUGACCUCCCAGAUAUCUGUACUGGAGGAAAAGAUCUCUCUUCUGGAAAAUCAGAUGCUUCAUAAUGUUACAACCAUAAAAGAAACUCUCACCGAGAGAGAUGACUUGAACCAGUCUAAGCAACACUUGUUCUCUGAAAUUGAAACGCUUAGUCUGUCUUUAAAAGAAAAGGACUUUGCAUUGGAACAAGCAGAAAAGGAAAAAGCUGAUGCUGCUAGGAAAAUAAUAGAUCUCACAGAGAAGAUAUCGACUAUAGAAGAACAGUUGCUUCAACAUGCCACCGAUUUAAAGGAAACUCUUUAUGAAAGAGAGAGCCUUAUCCAGUGCAAGGAGCAACUGGCUUUGGACAUGGAACACCUCAGGGAAGAAUUGAAAAGCAAAGAUUUGGCAUUCGGUGAAAUAGAGCAGGAGAGAGAUGAAGCUGCCGAUAAAGUUAUAGCUCUUACAGAAAAGAUAUCUUCUCUAGAAGAACAGAUAAGUCAAAAUGUUACUACUUUAAAAGAAGCUAUUGACAUAAAAGAGACCUUCAGCCUGUCAAAUCAACAGUUUUCUUCCCAGAUAGAAGAGCUUAGGGAAUCUUUAAAGACCAAAGAUUUGCAGUUGCAGGAGGCUGAGAAGGAAAUGGGCGAUGCUACUAAUCAAAUAAAGAUUCUCACUGCUAGGAUAUGUUCUCUAGAUGAAGAGAUUCUCGAGAAUGCUGGCAUUUUGAAUGAAGCUGUGAGUGAAAGGAAAAACCUUAGCCAUUCCAAGCAACAACUGGCUUCAGAAUUAGAGCAGCUAGCACUGACAUUAAAGAGCAGAGACCAUGCAUUGGAACAAGCUAAUAGGGAAAAGGAUGAAGCUGCAAAUAAAGUAGCCAGUCUCACUGAUGAAAUAAAGAUCCUGUCAAAAGAGAUGGAUGAAUUCAGAGAUUCAAAGGAAUCCUUGCAAGAACAGUCUUCCCAUCUAAGUGAAGAGUUAUGUACAUAUAAGACUGAACUUCAAAUGCUCAAGCAACAGAAAGAAGACAUCAACAACAAACUUGCAGAGAAAGUUAAGGAAGUGGAUGAGCUAUUGCAACACUUAUCAUCUCUAAAGGAACAGCUGGACCAAAUACAGAUGGAGCUAAGGAAUGAAAAGCUCAGAAACUAUGAACUCUGCGAAAAGAUGGAUAUCAUGGAAAAAGAAAUCUCAGUGCUGCGUUUAAUGCAGAACGAGCCUCAGCAGGAAGAAGAUGAUGUUGCAGAACGUAUGGAUAUACUUGAGAGCAGAAACCAAGAAAUACAGGAGCUGAUGGAAAAAAUCUCCGCUGUGUAUUCAGAGCAACACACUUUGCUCAGCAGUCUCUCUAGUGAGCUUCAAAAGGAAACUGAAGCACACAAACAUUGCAUGUUAAAUAUAAAGGAAUCUCUGUCAUCCACGCUCUCCAGAUCCUUUGGCAGCUUGCAAACUGAGCAUGUUAAGCUAAAUACUCAACUGCAGACCCUUCUGAACAAAUUUAAGGUUGUAUACCGAACUGCUGCAGUCAAAGAAGAUCAUAGCUUGAUCAAAGAUUAUGAGAAGGACCUUGCUGCUGAGCAAAAGAGGCAUGAUGAGCUGCGACUCCAACUGCAGUGUUUGGAGCAGCACGGCAGAAAAUGGUCGGAUUCUGCAUCUGAGGAACUCAAGUUCUGUGAAAUUGAAUUCUUGAAUGAGUUACUUUUUAAAAAAGCAAAUAUAAUUCAGAGUGUCCAGGAUGACUUUUCAGAGGUGCAGGUAUUCCUAAAUCAAGUAGGAUCAACACUGCAAGAAGAGCUUGAGCACAAGAAAGGCUUUAUGCAGUGGUUGGAGGAAUUUGGAGAUCUGCACGUCGAUGCUAAGAAACUCAGUGAAGGCAUGCAACAGGAAAAUAGGCGCAUUGCUUCUACCAUACAGCUCUUAACAAAAAGGCUAAAGGCAGUUGUUCAGUCGAAAAUACAACGUGAGAUAACCGUAUAUCUGAACCAGUUUGAAGCGAAAUUGCAAGAGAAGAAAGAACAAAACAAAGAACUUAUGCGCAGAAUGGAGCACCACGGCCCUAGUGCUAGUGUAAUGGAGGAAGAAAAUGCUAGACUUUUAGGCAUACUGAAAACUGUUCAAGAUGAAUCCAAGAAACUCCAAUCAAGGAUCAAAAUGCUAGAAAAUGAACUGAACUUGGUCAAAGAUGAUGCCAUGCACAAAGGUGAAAAAGUUGCAAUUUUGCAAGACAAACUACUAAGCAGAAACGCCGAAGCUGAGCUAAACGCAAUGCAGGUGAAACUAACUAAAAAGCAAGAUAAUCUUCAGGCUGCAAUGAAAGAAAUAGAAAACCUACAGAAAAUGGUUGCCAAAGGUGCAGUACCAUAUAAAGAAGAAAUUGACAACCUUAAAACUAAGGUGGUAAAGAUUGAAAUGGAAAAAAUAAAGUACUCAAAAGCAACAGACCAAGAGAUUGCCUACUUAAAGUCUUGUUUGGAAGAUAAGGAAGAAGGCUUGCGUAGGUUAAAAGAGGAACUUAGGCGAGCACAGGCAGACAACGAUACAACAGUUUGUGUUCCAAAAGAUUAUCAGAAAGCUUCAACUUUCCCUGUGACUUGUGGUGGUGGAAGCGGUAUAGUGCAGAGCACAGCAAUGCUUGUGCUGCAGUCGGAAAAAGCCGCCUUGGAAAGGGAGCUGUCACAUUAUAAGAAGAAAUAUCAUCAUUUAUCACGGACUAUGUCAAGUUCUGAAGAUCGAAAGAAAACAAAGGCAAAAUCUGAUGCUCAUUCUUCUCAUACUGGAUCAUCACACAGAGGCUCGCCUCACAAAACUGAAACUUACAGACAUGGCCCUGUUACUCCAGAAAGGUCUGAAAUGCCAAGCCUACACCUAGGAUCUCCAAAGAAGUCGGAGUCCAGCACUAAACGUGUUGUGUCACCAAACAGGUCCGAAAUCUACAGCCAAUUAGUAAUGUCUCCAGGCAAGACCGGGAUGCAUAAACAUAUACUUUCUCCAAGCAAGGUUGGACUGCACAAAAAGCGUGCCCUGUCUCCAAACAGAUCGGAGAUGCCCACCCAGCAUGUCAUAUCCCCUGGCAAGACCGGACUGCAUAAAAAUCUGACUGAAAGCACGUUAUUCGACAAUUUGUCUUCUCCAUGCAAACAGCAAAAAGUACAGGAAAAUCUAAAUUCCCCUAAAGGCAAAUUAUUUGAUGUGAAGUCAAAAUCGAUGCCUUACUGUCCAUCUCAGUUUUUUGAUAAUUCUAAGCUUGGUGAUUUUUCAGAGCUCAACACAGCAGAGAGCAAUGACAAAAGUCAGGCUGAGAACUGGUGGUAUGAAGCAAAAAAAGAAACGGCACCUGAAUGUAAAACAUCCUAGAUCCCUGUACAUCUGACUCUCCUGUCCUGCAAAGAGACUUGCUACUCUGCCUUCUUGUAGGAAGAAACACUAGAAACUGCCAUGUCUGCAUAAAGGAGUCUCACUGGAAGCAAAAGUUGUUCUUUAGUAGUAAUCACUGGUUGGGCGAGUGGUUACGUCUUUAAAAUAAAGUGCAAUACGUCUCACGUCUAUUUUAUAUGUUAUGUCUGUGUAUUUGUUACACUUUUAAGUCCCUUGACUUCAUAUUUGGCUCAUCUGUAGUUUCUUUGUGUUUGCGCACACACACACUGGUGAAAAAUGACAUUUGCAGUGUAUUGUUUUACUGACUGGUCUCUCUGGGGCCAUCCAUGCAAAGCACCAUUAGUGUGCCAAUGUUUUUCACUACUUAUUAUUAUGUCUGACUUUGUGAAAUAGAAAAUACUACAAAAGAUAGGGCAAAAGUUGUUUUCUCACUAGGUAAACGAUAUGGGUUUAACUUAAUUAUUCUCCUAAUAAAAUAUUCUAUAUAAUGGCAUCUCAUUAGGUGACCUAAUGGUUAUUCUGCACUCUUGUAAACCUUUUUUAAAUUUCACUUGUAAUAAAGCAGCCCUGAUUUUAAAUUA